AUGAGGAGGAUUAUCCAAGAAUCCAAGGGAUACAUUUCGCGCUUGAAAUCGUUUCGCAUCACAGUAAAAGAGAAAUUCGACAAAGCCCGACUUCCAACCAGUAUGAUUAUUCGGAAACAUAAAGCGACCUACGUCGCGACUCCCGUUGACCCCAAGAUCGCCGCGUUUGCCUCCCACAACGCAGCCGUGAAAAACCAGCCAUAUCCUGCUCGUUAA